AUGCGCCACACUUUGCCCACGAUGGAUUCAGCCCAGUCUUGCGACAAGGCUACGGCUUCGGCCUCCGAGCCCGCAACCAAACGACUCAGCUUCCUCGACCUUCCUCCCGAAACCCAAAAGGACAUUUUCAGCCAUUGCUCCCAAAGCGACCUGAUUUGCCUCUCUCUCGUCUCCAGACACUUCCGCGAACUCGCUGCCGCUCAGUUGUACCGCAAUUUCCACAUCGUCUUUCCUGACGAAGAUGAUCCAUCCUUCGAUUCACCCAUCGACAGCCUCGCCGGUGGCCUCGAAACCUUCGUGUCGAGUGAAUACGACUAUGCCCAGCAUCUCAGGGACAUCUCCCUCGACACUCUUAGUGCUGGCGACAAGGCCGAGGCUGCCUAUAAACCGUACUUGUAUAGCGCCAGCUGCGGCAAGUUCAUGAAUACACUGCUGUCCCUGACCCUCAAGAAUGCCAAGUCACUCGAGACCUUCAGGUGGAACAUCCGAGUCGAGCUCAGCCGGCCGGUGUACAAGGCGUUACAUCAGAUUGCGACCCUCAAGAACCUACACGUUCGAAUGCAAGCCGGGCCUUCCCUCUUCGAGAUCCCUCCUCCACUACCGUAUUCGACGAAUUUGCCGCCGCCUACAUCGACUCAAGGUCAUUGGGAUCCGUUGCCGGUAUUUUCGGCGGUCUCGGCGCCUCCUCCUCCCUUCGCAAGUAUGUCGUUGAAUGUCCCGCCGCCGUACAACCCUUCUUCACUCGGUUCCCACCCUCCGCUGCCUCCCGCAUUGAAGCCUACGCCCAGAAAUAGGCGUAGGGUAGCCGCCAACGACCCCGCAACGCUGGGUGGGUUCCGAAAGCUGAAUUCCUUGGUUGUUCUCGACAUCGAUACCUUGGACACCAUUGCGGAGAUCAAGUCAUGUGUACGCAAUUCGGCGUCCACCUUGACGAAACUGAAAUUAUCCUUCUCUGCCUAUCUCGCUUUGCAAUCUCGGAAGCCGCCUCCGGAUACCGAUCCUGACGAUUCGGACCAGGACGACGAGUUUGAAGUUGUUCCCCUGCCAUCGGCGCCCGGCUGGGAUGAGGCGAGUGGGCCCGCAAAAGCAUUCCGCGCGCAAGAGGAGAGGAAAAGCCAGGAGUCGGUUUUGGGUAGGAUCUUUGACGUGGAACCAUUCCUCGUAAAGAAGGCACAGCAUCGCAAGAGCCUCAAAGGAAAAGCAAAGAUCGAUACACCUACUCAUACCCAAGAGGCCGGCUCACCUGCCGAGGCCUUCAUGAGCAGACUGCGGGAGGUCUCCAGUAAACUCAUGGCAAGCGUGGCGGAUGGUGAUGCGGAUGACGGAUCAAAGCAAGAGAUUCUAGAGAUGAUUGAGAAGGCUAGCCGGAGAUAUCUCGAAGCAGAGGAGGCGAAAACGGCGGCUGAAGCAGCCACAAAGGCGAAAGACAAGACGACAGAAGCUGAAUCGGGGACUUCCGCUGGCGAAGGAUCAUCAACCGCUGCUGCGACUUCCACGGUGAACACUGGCACUCAGCCGGCUACUACUGUCGAGGUUUGCGGUGCUUCUGCUGCCGGUGGAGAUAUCAGCAGUAAAUCCAAGGCGACCACGGGGGCCGAUUCCAACCCCGAGGACAUCAAUGUGGAAGAGCCCAUGGCUGCCGACGAGGCUGAGGAGCAGUCGGAUGGUAAGAUCGAACAGAAUCAGGAGCAGCCUACAGCUGCUCCCGAGACGACUUCGGCAAUCGCUUCGCGCCAAGAACCCAUAUCAGAAUCACAUACCACGGUGAGAGCCAAGGCCGCGUUGGAAGCUCAAAAGGCAAACUUUGAAACACUUGUUCUUCGUCUACAGCACCUGCUAUCCGAAGCCACUAGUCUCCAAGAGAAGCUAGAGGACUUGCGAACUACUACUACUGCAUUCGACCGGGACCACAUUCGAUAUGCCGAGAAUCAGUUGCAAGGAUUCUACCGCGAUAUCGAAAAUGUCAGGACUGAGUUGAAUGCGACUGAAGCUGAAAUCCGUGACGUGGAGAAGCAAGUCCAUGGCAUAGCCACGACGGCACACAGCGAGGACGAGAAAAUCAGCGAAUAUAUCCGGUCUACAAGAGGCGUCGCCCUGCGAUCUUUCAGUGUCCACCUGAUCCCAGUCAAGGCCUCUGUAUUCAAAGCAGCCAUUGACGUGCGAGUGUUGAAAAGGCUGACAUUGCUAAAUGUUGGCAGUCAAGCUCCCAUUUGGACCAUGCUUGCCAAGGAAAACAAGGCACAGCCGCUCCCUCUGCGCAAGAUCUUCACAGACAACGUUUCCAUCUCUUUCCUGACAUUUGCAUCACAACUGGAGCAAAUCACAGAAUUGUUCAUGCUUGAGCGAUCAGCCAAAUACAAGCCGGAGAGCUUCGCGCCCAAGACAAAUGUCAUCAUGGACCAGAUCCGCCGUCUUGUUCUCAAGAAGCAUAUGCCGACCCUGACUCGGCUGAUGAUCAAGAACGAUGCUACAAUGGCGUGGGAUGUAGACGAAAAGGCCAUGCUGCUAAUCUGCAACCGCGGAAAACAACUCGAAGAGCUUGCGGCCGCGCUUGGUAUUCGCGCCAUGCACACUUUCAUGCAACACCUUGGAGGGCUGGCCAACCUCCGAGCUUUGAACGUUAUCUCGUUCAGGAACGACGAUACUUGCGUCUGGGUUAUGCGCGAGACGCGGAAAUUCCUCGUCGAUAACCUAAGCCACCACCCUAACAUGAAACUCGAGUGGAUCUCGAUCGAUGAUGACCGGGUUGAGCGCAUUAUCCGCCCACCGCCGCAGACACCAGCCGCCAAAGCCGAAGAGAAGAGAAACAAGAAGGGAAAGAAGCCUGCUGGUUCUUCCUUUGGAGCUUUUGGUGGCCCAGGCACCUCUACUGGCUCGGGUGCUCCGGGUGUUUUUCCACCUUUGCCUAUGCCGGGAUGGGAGACGGAUAGCGACAGUGACGACGAAGACACCGAUAUAGUGGCGAACACCAAGCUGGAAACUGUCGAAGGCGUCCACUUUUACGAUGUUUGGGACGUCCGCAUCUUCAAGAAGGAAGUCAUGGCGGGACGGCUAUGA